AUGUCACGCAACUUCAUCUUCACCAAAUCAUGCAAUACUGAUGGGAGCAUUGCACUAUGCUCCCGUCUCUUUUGCCCGUAUGAGAAUGUCCAUAGUCUCAAAAGUGCUACACAGUCCCUUUGGGACUGGAGAGGCAGGAAUGCUCAUCCUCACCCACAAGAGGCGCCAAGUAGGUGGAAGGAGAAGGAGAAGGAGAAGAAGGGAGGCAGUGGCGACUGGCUGAGGAGAGACAGGGUGCCCCCCCAACAUGGUGCUGCCUGUGCCCUGCUCUCUGCCCUGGGCUGCCCUGGGGCUGGCCCUCCUGCUUUCCCUGAGCCUUGGGUAGACUUUUUGGGGGGUCUCCCAUCACCAUCAGAUACAGAGGAUUCAAACUCUUUAGGAAAGGGCGUUUCAAGGGGAAAUAAACUUAAGCUGAUGCUUCAAAGACGAGAAGCCCCUGCUUCAGUUAAGGCAGAGGUUUCUGUCAAAGAAGACAAGGCCAAGGAAUUUCUAAGAAGCCUAAAGCGUCAGAAGCGCCAGCUAUGGGACAGGAGUCAGCCAGACGUACAGCAGUGGUACCAGCAAUUCCUUUACUUGGGCUUUGAUGAAGCUAAAUUUGAAGAUGAUGUGUCAUACUGGUCAAACCUAGGUCGUAGUGGCCAUGAAUAUUAUGGUGGAUAUUACCAUCACCAUUAUGAUGAAGAUGCACCUAUUGGCCCCCGAAACCCACACACCUUCAGACAUGGAGCAAGUGUGAACUACGAUGAUUAUUAAUUUUUCUUCUUUGUAUGAGAACAACAGGAAUGUUGAUAACCCCUAUAUACCUUUACUCCGCUCUUUUUUAACUUUCUUAAAAACAGUAAGAAAAAUUGUUAUGAAAUGUUUUUAUAUCCAACCAGUAGCGCACAAUGUACAAGUGUUAGAAUUAAAGCUUUUUGAUAAACUA